AUGAAGCUCACUUUCAGGGAUCUGAAGCAACAGAAAUUCACCAUCGAGGCCGAGCCGUCAGAGACUGUUGGCCAGGUGAAGGAAAAAAUUGCCCAGGAGAAAGGAUGGGAGGCUUCUCAGCAGAAAUUAAUCUACUCAGGCAAAAUCCUUCAAGAUGCGAACACCAUCGAGUCAUACAAUAUUGAAGAAAAGGGAUUCAUAGUUUGCAUGGUUUCGAAACCAAAGCCCGCUGCUGGAGGACCGUCCACGCCAGCCAAGGCAGCGCCAGCUGCAACUCCAAAAGCCCCUGCUCCCGCCCCUGCCCCAUCCGCUGCUCCAGUUCCUUCAACUCCUACUCCAGCCGCUCCAGGAGCUGCUGCCACAACUUCGACCGCUGAUGCAACGUUCAAUGACCCGUCAGCCCUGCUUAUGGGGUCUCAGGGAGAAGCAGUUGUUUCGCAGAUGGAGGCCAUGGGAUUUUCACGAGCCGAUAUCGAUCGUGCAAUGCGAGCUGCAUUCUUCAACCCAGACCGUGCCAUCGAAUAUUUACUGAAUGGUAUCCCAGAGAAUAUGCAACAGGAACAGGCGCAACCUCGCGCUGCUCCAUCGGCAGGCACUACUCCAGCCGCUGCGGAGGCUACAACAACCGAGGCCACUGGCGGUGACGAGCCAGUGAACCUGUUCGAAGCCGCCGCACAGGCUGGCCAAGGUGGUGCCGGAGGUCGCGGGGCACAGGCUGGUGUCGCUGGAGAUGCGGGGGCAUUGGGAAAUCUUGACUUUCUGCGAAACAAUCCUCACUUCCAGCAAUUGCGACAGCUUGUACAGCAGCAGCCGCAGAUGCUCGAACCCAUUCUACAGCAAGUCGGAGCAGGAAACCCACAAUUAGCUCAGUUGAUUGGGCAAAACCAGGAACAGUUUCUCCAGCUUCUGGCUGAAGACAUGGGUGAAGAGGGCGAGCUUCCUCCUGGCGCACAUGAGAUUCGUGUUACGGAGGAGGAGCGCGAUGCGAUUGAACGACUUUGCCUUCUUGGCUUCUCGCGAGAUUCAGUAAUCCAGGCAUAUUUUGCCUGCGACAAGAACGAGGAGUUAGCAGCAAAUUUCCUGUUUGAACAACCAGACGAGGGCGACGAGCAAUGA